UUUAGACAACAUAUAAAAUGGGGAAUAGGCUUGCUUAUUGGAAUUGUUUUGAUUAUCCUUGUAGUCGUAUUGACUCAAAAAUCAGAAGUCAAUCAAGUCGAUGAUGAAAAAACCUACACUGAGAAGUGGGUCCACCCAGCCGAAACUUUGGCAAAAGGAGCUAUAGUCAGUAAUGGAGGACCAUGUGCUGACAUCGGAAUGAAAAUCUUGAAAAAAUAUGGCAAUGCUGUAGACAGUUUGAUAGCAACGAUGCUCUGUGAUGGGCUGACCUGUAUGCAAAAUAUGGGCAUAGGAGGAGGGUUUAUUGCCACUCUGUAUAUUAAAUCAGAAUCAAAAGUAAUAACUAUUAAUGCUAGGGAAACUGCACCAGCAGCCGCAACUUUUGAUAUGUUUGUCAAUGAUACCAAAUAUUCUAAGAAAGGAGGAAAAUCUGUUGCUAUACCUGGGGAAAUAAAAGGAUAUUGGGAGAUGUACAAAAAGUAUGGUGGCAAAGCUCCUUGGAAAGAACUCUUUCAUGGAGCAAUUACUCUGUGCAAGGAAGGAGUGCCAGUAAAUAGGCAUUUAGAAAAGAAUAUAGAUUCAUACAAGACAGAUAUCCUCGAAUCACCUUGGCUUCGUAAGUUAUUGUUGAAUGAAAAAGGUGAGUUACCAAAAUAUGGAGAUAAAAUCAAAUUGCCAAAACUUGCUGAAACACUGUCAAUAAUUUCUGAGAAUCCUGAGGCACUGUAUAAUGGCCCUCUCACAGCUGGGUUAGUGAAAGAUAUUCAAGAUGAUGGAGGCAUCAUUACUGUAGAAGAUAUGAACUCUUACAAUGUACGUUGGGAGGAACCUAUCAAAAUGGAACUUUUAUCAGGAUAUGAUCUUUAUUCAGUUCCACCUCCUGGUUCAGGGGUCAUAUUAGCCUUUAUUUUGAAGUUAGUUGAAGAUACUCUUCCCAAAGAUGAAGAAAAGCCUGAAACAACUUCUAUAAUAACAGAGGCUUUUAAGUACGCUUAUGCUAUGAGGUCCUGGAUGGGAGACACACAUUUUAUUGAUAAUAGCAAGAUUCUCGAAAGGUUGAAUGAUACAAACUAUAUAACCACAAUUAAGAAGAAUUUACUAGUAAAUCAUACAUCAAAUAAUCCAAAAGAUUAUGGUUCUGAUUAUGUUACUGAAGACCAUGGCACUGCAAAUAAUGUUGUAAUUGCUCCAAACGGUGAUGCCAUUGCUGCAACAAGCACCAUUAACCUAAUAUUUGGUAGCUGUUUAAUAUCUGAAAGUACAGGUAUAGUUUUAAACAAUGAAAUGGAUGACUUUUCUACUCCUGGUCUGGUAAAUGCUUUUGGAGUAUCACCUUCUUCAGAAAAUUUCAUUGCUCCUGGUAAAAGGCCCAUGUCCUCUAUGUGCCCUUCAUUGAUCCUUGACAAAGAUGGUGACGUACGAUUAGCAGUUGGGGCAGCAGGAGGUACUAAAAUUACAACUGCAACUGCUCUGGCUACAAUCUGGAACUUGCAUUACGGAAAAUCAAUUUCAGAUUCAGUGAGGAAAUCAAGGUUUCACCAUCAGCUAAUGCCAAUGAUAUGGAAUUAUGAGGCUUCUAUACCUGAGGAAAUUGUCAAAGAUAUGGAAAGACGUGGUCAUAAUGCCACAGAGUCAAAACCUAACCAGUCAUGUGUAACAGCUAUCUCAAAGAAUGGAAAUUUAUUAGGUGCUUCUUCCGACAUGAGAAGGCCAGGAAAUACUUCUUAUUUAUUGGACUUGUAG